CAGUUCGCACUCACCCCGUCCCUCUUGAACCUGAUUUUGACGAUGAUGUCGAUCCGCCCUUUGUUGUGGGUACUCGUGAUAAUGUUCGUCCUAAUCCUCACCAUGAUUUUAAAAUGAAAAUCGAUAUCCCUUAGUUUGAUGGUCAUUUACAUAUUGAGGAUUUCUUGGAUUGGCUUUCUACUGUGGAGAAUUUUUUUGAGUGUAUGGGUGUUGAUGAUGUCCAUCAAGUCCAACUUGUUUCUUAUAAAUUAAAAGGGGGUGCUGGAGCUUGGUGGGAUCAGUUGCAAAAUCACCGCCGUCGUUCCGGUCGACAACCCAUCUGUUCUUGGCCCCACAUGCGUCAAUUACUCCGUGCUCGUUUUUUGCCCCCUGAUUAUGAGCAGAUUUUUUAUCAACAAUAUCAACAGUGUCGUCAACAGAAUCGUUCUGUCGCUGAUUAUGCUUCUGAAUUUUAUCGUCUCAAUGCCCGCACUGAUCUCAUUGAAACUGAACAUCAGCAAGUAGCUCGAUUCUUGGGUGGUUUACGUGAUCAAAUCCAAGCUACCUUAUCCUUGCACUCCAUCUGGUCAUUGGCCGACGCUGUCAACCUUACAACUAAAGUUGAAUCCCAACUUUCCCAUAGUUGGGGUCGUUCGUUUGUGCCUCGCAAAGCGCCUACCAAUCCCACACCGCUCCCAGGUUCUGACCCUCUGCCUUCCCAACCCAGCACUUCCAAUGCGGUUGCUCCGCCACAUUCCCCUGUUGUUAAACCAUCUUAUCCUCGACCACCUAAUCCAUAUCCUCGUCCUACUACUGAUCGAUGUUAUCAUUGUUUCAAGCCGGGUCACCGUUCUAAUGAUUGUCCUAAACGUCGAACUACUUUCUUGUGUACUGAUGAGCCUGAAGCUUUUGGUGACCUUAAUGCUUCUGUGAGCACUGAUGGUGAUGAAUAUUUUGAUGCUGACUUUCUUCCUGGGGAUGAGGGUGAUCCCGUUGUGUGUAUUUUGGAGAAACUUUUGCUGGCCCCUCACCAACCUUCCCCUAGUCAACGUAACUCUUUAUUUCGCACGAGGUGCACUGUCAACACCAAGGUAUGUGAUGUGGUUAUUGAUAGUGGCAGCACGGAGAAUGUUGUCUCGAAGGCUCUUGUCAAAACCUUGGGUUUACCAACGUCCCCGCAUCCGCGCCCUUACAAGAUUGGCUGGAUAAAGCGUGGCAUUGAAUCCAAAGUCACUGAGUUGUGUCGUUUUUCCUUUUCUAUUGGGAAAUCUUAUCAAGAUGAGAUCUCAUGUGAUAUUGUUGAAAUGGAUGCUUGUCAUAUUCUCUUGGGUCACCCGUGGCUUUUUGACAGGGAUGUUACUCAUAAAGGACGUGAUAACACUUAUUUUUUCAAUGGAAAGGCCGCAAGGUUGUGUUGCUUCCUUACCUUCCCACUUCGGCACUUCCAGUCUCUCCUCCAACUGUUGAUGCCUUACUCACGACUAAUGUUUCUGACUUUUGUCUCUCUAUUAAGCAAUGCUCUUGUGUGGUUGCUUUGAUCAUGAAAGACUCCGCU